UUUCCCACAAAAUGUCCAAACUCGCUCUCUCAAUCCUCUCUCUCAUCCUCACACUCACACUCUUCUCUCUAAAUUUCAACCCCAAAUUCCUCCAAAAUGCCCCUAGAAAAAUCCACAUUCACAAACACGUCCAACUACUCGCCGCCUCGGCCGCGUGCGACGGCGCAAUGUACCAGGACCUCUGCGUCUCCACCGUGGCCGCCCUGCCGGAGCUGCGGCGGAAGACGCUGCCGGAGGUGAUAUCGCACACGAUCAACGUGACGAUGAAGGAGGUCCGCGACUCGGCCUCCAACUGCAGCAGCCUCCGGCGCAAGCUGCUGAAGAGGCUGGAGCCGCUCGAGCUCCGCGCCCUCGAGGACUGCCUCGAGCUCUUCGCCGACACCGUCGCCGAGCUCGGAAAAGUCCUCUCCGACCUCUCCUCCUCCUCCGCAUCUCCGGAGAAGCACUACGCCGAUCUGCAGACGCUCCUCAGCGGCGCGAUGACGAAUCAGAACACCUGCCUCGACGGAUUCGCCUACAGCAAAAACAACACACGCCGCUUCAUCGAGGGGCGCCUCCGCCGCAUCUCGCGCCAUUUCAGCAAUUCGCUCGCGAUGGUGCAGAAGCUGAAGAAGAAAAAAGGUAGGAAAUUGAUCAAUUCGGAGGACGAGCAAUUAUUCCCCGAGUACGGGAAAAUGCGGGGCGGAUUUCCGGCGUGGCUGAAUAGAUCGGAUCGGAGGCUGCUGCAGGCGGCGGCGAACGAGACGAGGUUCGAUCUGGUGGUGUCCAAGGACGGAAGCGGCAAUUUCACCACCGUGAAUGAAGCGGUGGCGGCGGCGCCGAACAAUAGCGACACGAGAUUUGUGAUUUACAUCAAAGCGGGGGCGUAUUUCGAGUAUGUGGAGCUGGAGAGGAAGAAGAUGAACAUCAUGUUUUUGGGGGAUGGAAUUGGGAAAACGUGGAUCAAAGGGAACCGGAGCGUUGUUGACGGAUGGACGACUUUCCGGUCGUCUACAGUUGCCGUGGUGGGCAACGGGUUCAUCGCGAAGGGCAUCAGCUUCGAGAACUACGCGGGCCCGAGCAAGCACCAAGCCGUGGCCCUCCGCAGCGGGGCCGACUUCUCGGCCUUCUACCAAUGCAGCUUCAUCGCGUACCAAGACACCCUCUACGUCCACUCCCUCCGCCAGUUCUACCGCGACUGCGACGUCUACGGCACCGUCGACUUCAUCUUCGGCAACGCCGCCGUCGUCCUCCAGAACUGCAACCUCUACGCCCGCCGCCCCGACCCGAACCAGCGCAACAUCUUCACCGCCCAGGGCCGCGAGGACCCCAACCAGAACACGGGAAUCUCCGUGCUCAACUCCAAGGUCGCUGCCGCCGCCGACCUCCUCCCCGUCCUGGCCAACUUCACGACCUACCUCGGCCGGCCGUGGAAGCAGUAUUCGAGGACGGUUUUCAUGUAUUGUAACAUGGAGAGUGUGGUGAACCGGAGAGGGUGGCUCGAGUGGGAUGGGGAUUUCGCGCUUGAUACGCUUUAUUAUGGGGAGUAUAUGAACCGGGGCCCCGGCUCCAAUACGACGGACCGGGUCACGUGGCCGGGUUACCGGGUUAUUAAUAGCUCUGAUGAGGCGGCGCAGUUUACUGUCGCCAAUUUUAUUCAGGGGAAUCAGUGGCUGCCGGCGACGGGGGUGCCGUUUUUUCCCAAUUUGACGGCGACUAGUUGAGUUGAGUUGAGUUGAGGUGAGUUGAGUUGAGUUGAGUUGAGUUGAGUUGAGGGGGUUUUGAGGGUAGGAUUAGUUUGAUUUGUUGUAUUAUUAUUAUUAUUGCUAUUAUUUUUAAACGAUUAUUAUGAAAUAUCUUUCCAAUCAAAUUAUGGAUGA